CUGUCGUCCGCGCAACAUGUACGGAAGACCGUUCUCGAGCCCGGUGCUUCAAAAAUCGAAUUAACGAGGAUACGUGUGAGAGACCCGCGCUCGUCGCGCUUCCAGUCGUCUUCAUUUUUGUCGCAUGAGCGAACACGAGCGGACUGCAAUUCGAUUACCGUCAAAUCGUCCUCCCGGCAGAAAUAAUCGGCAAAAAUUUCUCAUUCGCGAGAAGAGAUCGCCUCUUUCAACUACGACGAUCAAUCCACCGAGAGUUCCCAGACGAUUGGAACUCGAUUCAAGUGCGACGGUUGAAAAAUGCUAGUGAUAAAUUGAUAUCCACACCGGAUGUGCAUUUAAUUACAUUCAAUUAGACAGGUAGAUAAAAGGAAAGGGAACGACAGAGGAGGGAGAGAGAGAGAGAGAGAGAGAGAGAGAAAUAAAUUGAUGGCCCUGAUAUCGACGGUGAAGCGAAUGACGAGACUUGCCUAAAUGAUCGUAUGAGGAAUCAGGAAGGUACGGGAAGUAGACGAAGAUGCUGCUACUUAGGCUGAUGAUGACGUUGGGCGUGUGCUGGAUCGUCAAGUGCGAUCUAUUGGACCUCUACGUCCAGCACAUGGACGAGACCAUGAGGACGACGUUGUACAGGAAUAAGCGGCAUCCCAUGAACCCGGCCUCUCGCAGUAAGAGAAGCCUGCUUGAGGUCAAGCCUGUGCUCAGGGUCGGUAACUUCAAAAAGCAGCGGUUGAACUUCGACAAGGACUGGCUGACGUACUGGAAAGCGAAUAAGCAGAUGUAUUAUGAGAACGACGCAUUGGACAUUCCGAAUUUGCAAGAAGAGAAUCUGGAUCCUGGUCAACACGAGAUGCUCUCGAGUGACUUCGAGCAAACGACGUUGGAGACACUGGAGGAUGCUGCUGAAGCGAACGCGUCGGUUCUAAUCGAAACUGCGAAGCCGACAUCCAGCAUUUUUAAAAAUCAAGUGAAACCGGUGCUUCCGCAGGACACCACGGUAGUGGAGAAUGAAGAACGAAGAGAAGAAUUGGAGGACGAGUUGCCAGUCUGGCAGGAGCAACCGGACGAACUCGACGAGAUGUUCUUUGCAGCCGCGGAUUCCGAAGAGAAACUCUCGAUGGAAAACUCGGAGAAUCCCGAAAAGGAAAUGGAGGACGAAGAGAACUCACAAUUCGAGGUCAUCAACGGAAACAACAGGACCAACCCGAAAGCCUCCGACAAUCCUAGCUUCAAGAGACCACCGAAGUCAUGGGGUCGUGUACCGAAAAAAUAUUUUCCGUUUAUCGACAAGCUAGUCAAGGAUACGCGAGAAACGGAGGGAAUUAAGGACGAGGAGAUGACGAGCAGGAUCAAGAGGAGUCCACAGAAACAACGCGGGAAACCAAGGUUCAUCAGGUACGAGGUCCUCGACGAGGAUGGCGACGUCAUCCUCGAGUGGGAUCCCUUGGACGAAGAGGAGGUGACCUUCAAGGUCACCGCCAGGACAUUGGGCUACGUCGGCAUCGGUUUCAAUGAAAAGACAUAUAUGAAGGGCGCCGACAUCCUGCUCGCUUGGGUGGACGAUCACACCGGCGCCGUUAACUUGCUGGACUCGCAUGGCAUCGACGAGCUGAAAGCAGCGCCGGUUACUGACACGUCCCAGGACGUGCGAGUGCUCGCUGGCUCGCAAAACGGGACGCACACCACCGUGACGUUCUCCAGGAAGUGGCACACAUGCGAUCCCCAGGAUCACCAGCUCACGGGGGAUACCAUCAGGGUGCUGUGGGCUCUGCAUCAGAGCGAUCCGGAAUUGAACACGGCGGUCUGGCACGGCAAGAGACGAGGCGGUAGAGCUCUGAGGCUGAAGACAGUCGCGGCUCAUUCGCCGCCGCCUCGAACGCGAAACGGACUGCACUGGGACGUCAAGUUCAGCCAGUUCACAGUCUCGCCCAACAUGGACACCAUCUACUGGUGCAAGAUCUUCCAAUCUCCCCUGGAUCAGAUGCAUCACAUGAUAGGGUACACACCGCUCGUGGAGAAGGCCAACGAGGACCUGGUCCAUCACAUGAUCCUGUAUGAGUGCGCAGUGUCACCGUCUACAGCGGAACGCCUUAGCCUCCAAACCAAGCUGGCCGGCGGUGCUUGCUACAGCUCGAAGAAUCCGAUGCCCGCGGAAUGGGAAGCGUGUAUGCAACCUGUGCUCGCUUGGGCUCGCGGCAGUAAAGGAGAAUGGCUGCCGGAACACGUCGGUAUACCCGUAGCGCUGAACGGCACUAAGACGUUUUACAUGCUGGAAGUUCACUAUAAUAAUCCACACAUGAGGAACGUGAACGACAGCAGCGGCGUAAGGCUUCACUUAACUUCGGAGUUCCGUCCUCAGGAAGCGGGCAUCCUCGUGGCCGGCGUGGCGGUGAGCCCUCUUCAUCUGGUGCCCCCGAGGCAAAAGGCAUACGCCACCGCCGGAUAUUGCACUCCGCAUUGCACCAACACGAUGUUCCCUAAAGACGGCAUCAACAUCGUGUCGGUCGUUCUACACUCGCAUUUGGCUGGACGCCGUCUCACCUUGAAGCACAUUCGCAAAGGGAAAGAACUGCCGAGGAUAGUCCAGGAUAAUCACUUCGACUUCGACUACCAGCAGUCUCACAUUCUGGAGAAGGAGGUAAAAGUGCUGCCCGGCGAUGAGCUCGUCGCGGAAUGCGUCUACGGUACUUUGGACAGGGAAAUGCCGACCUUAGGCGGCUACGCGGCUUCUCAGGAGAUGUGCUUGGCGUUCGUUGUGCAUUAUCCCAAGACACCUUUGGCCGCCUGUUACAGCAUGACGCCUGUCAAGGAUCUUUUCCGGACUCUUGGCGUGAUGAAGUUCAAGGGAAUGACAAUGGACCAACUGGAGAAGGUGUUCCUGACGACCGGAACGGACAUCGUGUCGACCAGCAAACAAACCUCCACGGAUGUCACGGGAGUUGGCAACAACAACGAAACCAUCAUCAAAGAAACCCUUACUGCGUUAAAAGCGAUGAAGGAAUACACAGAGGAAACCGAGAACGAUAAUGUCUUCACACGACUUGUCAUCGAAGAUCCCGUGGAGUUUCAAAAUCGGACUAUGGCCGAACAUAUUCUAGCUCUGGCAUGGACGGACGAGUUGUUGGCAAGAUCAAUAGAGAAAAAUCUUUAUCAAGGCAAACACAUGACGUUCUGCCGGAAAAGGGACGACAAAUUAGCGCUGCCGGCAGACAUCCAGACCUUCCCGAAAUUCAUAGAGCUACCGGAAGUGAACGACACCACCUGCGAAAUCUCCGGCACCGCUGGAGCUCCUCAUACCUUCGUGAUACACCUGGUCACUAUUAUCAGUGUAUUAUCGGUCUUCAUGUUCUAGGAAGACCCGAUCGAAUAGUCAGAGACAGUCGGUGAAUGAACGUUGCACGAUUAAUGCACUUCGCGCUGUCGAUCACAUGAAUACGACGAAAGGGUUCUCUACGUCACAAGUGUCCCUUGUAUAUUUCCGUAUUUUACGAAACUACCCCCCGAUUAAUUUAUUAACGAUGCACGGGUAAUUUUCUCGAAUUAAUGCCAACCGUAUGAAGCGGAUUUGGAGGUUUCUUCAAGUAUUAGGUCUAGUAGUUAAUUCUUUCCGAUGAAAUUCACAUACGAGUCCCAGAAGUACCCGACCUGACGUAUAGAUGGCGGUUGUUGUUUGAAAAGAAUGACUAUGGUAGAAAGUACCAACCUUAUAAAACUUAAGGGUAAGAGCACAGGCUUUUGCAUAACACAUAAUACAU